UGAAAAAUUUAAAAGACGCGCCAUUAUAGACUAUCCAAAUCCGAAAAUUUUUGCUCUAAUUCUUAUAGCUUCUCUUUUCACAUUUUCAAACAUCAAAUCCGAAAAUUGUUUGAUUAUCCUUGUAUCCUCGAGCCAAAUGUCGAAGCAGGUGUUGGAUUCUGUAGGCUCACUGUCGAUUCCUUCUGAGCCUCCUCAUAUUGGAAAUUGGUUCUCAAGCUAUGCAUAUGAAUCACCGGUUUUGAGAGGGAUUGAUGAUUUUCAAGAAUGUGAUGAUUCCGGAGGUGUCGGAAAAAGAAAAAGGGAUGAUUUGGGUGAAGAGGUUGAUGGCCGAAGGAAUUCGUUGCAUUGUGGUGAGAAUGUAGCUUCAGAAGGAGAUAUCGAACUUCCAAUUAAGGAUUGGAGAGCUUCAGAUAAUCUCUCAUUUUCUUCUGUGCUAUCAGAGCCUUUAGAUACCAAGGAUUGUUUCUCAAGUUUUGUACCUGAAACUCCCCUUUUGGAUGAUAGUGAUGAUUUUAGAGUACCUGAAUCAAUUGACAUCGGUUUCAACGAGGAUACUAGCUCUAAAGGAUGCAAAACAGGCAUCAACAGCAAGGAGGAAGAUAAUUCUGCUGAAAAUCGAACAAAUGGGAAAAGCCAUAGUUUGUUUUUUGGUGUCGAUGUGGCUUCAAAGGGCCUUGUUCGGUGUACAAACUCUGUUGCAGACAACAAAUGGGAUGUGGACUCUUCUUCAGAUGACAUUUCACUUGCUUCAGAGCCUCCAGACAUCCGGAACUGGUUCUCUAGCUAUGUUUACGAAUCUCCAAAAGUGGAUACUAUUGAAGACUUCACAAUUCCAGACCAUGAGAAAGAUUUAGAUGACAAAGUGUAUAUGAAUGAGUAUAGUGGCAGUGGGGAACUUCAAGAUUUGAGGAAUUCAUUAGUAACUGCUUUUAUCCAUGAUGACGAGUAUCAGCAUCAAUCUGUCUCGAAGGAUCAGGAGGCGGCUGAUGGCGCAAAGAGCACAGGAGUAUCCAAUGAAAUGUCUCUUGAAAGGAUUAAUCAACAUACUCCAAAUUACAAGACGAUGCAGAAUUGCAAAUAUGAUUCACCAAGAUAUGACAUAGUAAUCAAAGACAAAACCAAGGGAGAGCAUUUGGAGACCAUAUCCCCACCAAAAAAUAACUGCAAAGUGUCUUGUAUCAUUAAUCAUUCAAGCUACGAAGGUGAAAAAUUGUAUAGACAUCCAAUUCACAGGAAGGAUUCUGCAGAGAACAGCUUGAAAUCUGAAGAUAGUGUUGAGCCUGCUGAUGAUGUGCAACCUAAAAAUAGUUCAGAGACGAGUGUGUUAAGUCAGAAGUUAUCCAAAAGGCAAGCUGAGGAAAUCACGGACAAAGAAAAUCAUAAAAAUGACUCGCGAGAGAAUGGUUUUAGAUCAACCAGAAAGGGCAGAAAUAACCAAGUGCACAAGGAAAGUCCUUUGCCAAGGCCUGCUGCAGUUCAGUCUCCUUUAAGUGGAGUCACUGUUGCAUCAAACUGCCACAGGCAUGGUUUGACUAGAAAGGCACUUGCAGAAACAACCAAUAUGAAUCCUAGUGCUUUGGAGACAACAGGAAAAUGGCGGUGCCCCCAGAGGACUAAGCCAUAUGUUGGUCCUCCUUUAAAGCAGCUUCGGCUGGAGCGAUGGGUUCGUCGAGCUUAAGUCUAGUACCGUCUUAUGAAGAGAAAUACGGAUAUCAAAAUGGUAGAAUUCAAUAAACUUUUUUGCAUGUUAGCUAGAAAACAAAGUGAAUACAAGUCUUGGGGCAAUGAUGCUCUUUCGGGUUUUCAGAUGCGGAAACAGUUUCUUACAUGUGUCUAAGGGCAAAGUUGCAUACAAUGUGCACCCCCCUUACCCUACACUUGGCAGGUAACACUACUUCAACAGGGUAAGGGCUGUAAGGCCUUUGUUAAAAUUAAAAAUGUCUAAGGUCCAAGCCUAUACCUUAGGCGGUGAGCUUUUUGUUGUGAAGUUUGGUCUGCAUUAUUGCAUGAAAAAACGUUUGAG